GAUCGGAAGUUGCUUUGUUUUGCUUCAAGAUGGCUGCGGGGAUGUAUUUGGAACAUUAUCUGGACAGUAUCGAAAACCUCCCAUUUGAACUGCAGAGAAACUUUCAGCUCAUGAGGGACCUGGACCAAAGAACAGAGGACCUGAAGGCUGAAAUUGACAAGUUGGCCACUGAGUAUAUGAGUAGCGCCCGCAGCCUGAGCUCCGAGGAAAAAUUGGCCCUUCUCAAACAGAUCCAGGAAGCCUAUGGCAAGUGCAAGGAAUUUGGUGACGACAAGGUGCAGCUUGCCAUGCAGACCUAUGAGAUGGUGGACAAACACAUUCGGCGACUGGACACAGACCUGGCCCGUUUUGAGGCUGAUUUGAAGGAGAAGCAGAUUGAGUCAAGUGACUAUGACAGCUCUUCUAGCAAAGGCAAAAAGAAAGGCCGGACUCAAAAGGAGAAGAAAGCUGCCCGUGCUCGUUCCAAAGGGAAAAACUCAGAUGAGGAGGCUCCCAAGGCUGCCCAAAAGAAGUUAAAACUUGUGCGCACAAGUCCUGAGUAUGGGAUGCCCUCAGUGACCUUUGGCAGUGUCCACCCCUCUGAUGUGUUGGAUAUGCCUGUGGAUCCCAACGAACCCACCUAUUGCCUUUGUCACCAGGUCUCCUAUGGAGAGAUGAUUGGCUGUGACAACCCUGAUUGUUCCAUCGAGUGGUUCCACUUUGCCUGUGUGGGGCUGACGACCAAGCCUCGGGGGAAAUGGUUCUGCCCACGCUGCUCCCAGGAACGGAAGAAGAAAUAGAUAAGGGCCUUGGAUUCCCACACAGUUUCUUCCACGUCCCCGGCCCUGGGCUAGUGGGGAGAGGAAAGCCUGUGUUGGGGCCCGGGGGCUCAGGGAGAGCGGAUGGCGCAGUGUUGUCACCCCUUCUCCUUCCCUCUCCCCACUCCUGGUGCUGAGGCUGCAUCCAAACCCUGGUAGGGAGGGGUGCUGCAGCCGCUAACUGUUUGUGCUCUCAUUCAGCCUGCCCCCCUCAGAGGGAAGUGGUUAUGCCCACUGUCCUUUCGCCUCCAUGCCGAGGUUGGUGCUGUAUUUCCGAGGAAUGGUCCUCUUUACUCCCCUUGCUUUGUAUUUAAGGACUUGGGGCAGUAGCAUGGGGGCACUCCCCAGCCCUCCUAAUUCCCUCCCCCUGUGGGGGGCUGUGGUGUGAUAAGCUUUCUUUGUUCUCCUCCUGCUUUUUCCAUGGUAGGGGCGCCCCCAGAGCAUCUGGGCAGUGGCCUUAGUUGAAGGGGCACCGCUUCCUCUGUGCCAACAGGAUUCAUCCUGGCCUUGUGAAUGGGAGAGGGGGCAAGGUGGAAUGCAGAUCGCUCACAUGUAAAGGAAUUUGAGUAGGUGAAUAAAAGCUCUGCGUGUUG